UCCUAUACAAGGAAAAGAAAACGCGAAAACAGAGUAAAGUAAUAAUGGGAGUAAGAGAAGUCAUGGAAGAAGUGAUUGCUGAACUCAUUGUCAAAGAAGAAGUAAAAACUGUUAUGGAAGAAGCGAUCACUAAACUCACUAUCAAAGAAGAACAAACAGAAAUAAUAAGGGAACUAAGGGAUCGUACACCUGCUCACUAUCUGUUUAAGAUCGAAAACUUCUCUAAACUUUCUGAUGCAAAGGUCGAGAAUUUUCAAUCAAGUGAUUUUGAAGUUGGCGGAUACAAAUGGAGGCUGUCUCUUUACCCUGAGGGAAAUAAGAAAAAAAAUGGAGAUAAACACCUCUCUCUAUAUUUAGCACUAUCCAAUUCAAAUGGAUUACCCUUCGGUAGUGGGGUUAAUGCUUUCUUCAAGUUGUUUGUUUAUAAUCAAAUUGAAGAUAAGUAUUUGGCUGUUCAAGAUGGUAAGGAAACAGCAAGGCGUUUUCGUGGAAUGAAAACAGAAUGGGGAUUUGACCAAUUUAUUUCACAUAAUGCUUUUAAUGAUGCCUCAAAUGGAUACCUUAUUGAUGAUUGUUGUGUAUUUGGAGCUGAGGUUUACAUAAUGGAAAAAUGUACUUAUAAAGGUGAGUGCAUGUCUAUUGUGAAGGAGCUUGCUAACAACACCUUCACUUGGAAUGUCCAAAGUUGGCAAAGCAAAGAAAGUCAUAGUUCCGAGGUGUUUGAUAUUGGUGGGUAUAAAUGGAGUUUAUUGCUUUAUCCCAAUGGGAGUGGGACAGAGAUUGGCAAGAGCUUGUCCAUGUUUUUAUACUUAAAAGAUUCAGUAACAAAGAUUAAUGCUGAAUUCAUUCUGCGUGUAAGGGAUCAACUUUCUGGAAAACAUCAAGAAAAGAAAGUUACUCGUGAAUUCUGUACUAAAACCAACACCUGGGGUCACCAUGAUCUAAUUCCUCUUAGAGAUCUCAAGGAUGCUUCGCAGGGAUUCAUAGUUGGUAAUACCGUGGUUGUUGAAGUCCAAAUGCCUUUCAUGAUAGUGGUCAAGGAGUUUCCUUGAAGAUAUUGUGGUGCUAGCUACACUUUCGACUUUUGGAGUAACAGAAAAAAAAAGAAGAAAAUACAAUUAGCCGAAUUAGAAGACACUAAACUUGAACGUUUUUGAGUAUGUUUUCUCCAGGUUGAAUGUUCUUAAUUGACACUAAUAUUAACUAAACUUAAUGUUUUAGAGUAUGUUUUCUCCAGGUUGAAUGUUCUUAAUUGACACUAAUAU